AGUUUAACAAAGGAAAGACUUCAGACAAGGCUGUCGUUCAAAGUCUUCAUCAUGGCCUUGCUGAACCUGUGUCAAAGGUUAGAGCCGACCAUCGUGCUGGAGCAGCUGGGCAGCUCUCUGUUCUCCACCGCCCUGCAGAUGGUGGUUAAAGACCGCUGUGCCAACACCACCCACCUGUCCGGGGAGGCCAGCCAGCAGAGAGCCAUGACGGACUUCUACAUGACCUAUAACCUCACCACCCUGCUGGUUCCGAUCUUACCUGCGCUGCUCCUGUCCAGGUUAGGCGACCGCGGCUGGAGGAGGCUCCCCAUCGCGGUGCCCCUGGUCGGGUACCUGCUGCUGAGUCUCUCCCUGGUCCUGGUGGUCGUUCUCCGGCUCCCGGUGGAGGUGAUGUUCGGCGCGGCGGCUGUGUACGGUCUGUGCGGCGGCUUCGGAGCCUACUGGCCCGGGGUGAUGACUCUGGCCGCGGUCUCCUCCACGGCCACUGACCGGUCCAAGGUGAUGAUGACAGUGGAGCUGGUGUAUGGAACAGCAGGUCUGAUUGGCAGCCUAGCUUCGGGUCAUAUGUUCUUGCUGUACAGCUCCAGUUUGGGAAAUGGAACCAUCCUGAUCGCUGUGGGUGCACUGCUGCAACUGCUCAGCCUCAUACAUUCCUCUGUUCUGCUGCAGGUGAAACCCGAAUCCAACACAGAGCCAGAGGACAACACCCUCCUCCUUCCUCAUUCCUCAGAUGAAGUUCCUGUAGAGGCUCCUGCUGAGAGAAGCAGGGUGAAUGUAGUUCUGCUGGUUGCAACAGCCGUCCUGUACGUGUCUGCAGUGGGUGGAGGAGUAGAAAUAAUGGAAGUCUUUGUGCUAAAGGAGCCACUCAACUGGGAUGCCACUCAGGUGGGUUAUGGGCAUGCAGCAGGCUCUAUGAUUUUCAUCACUAGUUUCUUUGGCGUCAUUGUGUUUCGUCGAUGCGCCAGCGACGUAACGCUCAUCCUGAUCGGAAUGCUGUCUUUCGCCUCGGGAAUUUACUUCAUGUCCUUCGUCACGACUACCUACAUGUUCUACCUCGCUCGCUCACUCAACUUGUUUGCUCUCAUCCCGAUGCCUACAAUCAGAUCUCUGAUCUCACAGCAGGUUCCAGCUGUUUCAUGUGGCACCACUCUCACAUGUCUACAGUUGACUCUGACGUUUGCCGGUCUGGCGUACAUCCCUGCCUUUACUAAGAUCUAUCAGAGAACCGUGGACGGGUUCCCAGGCUUUGUCUUCAUGCUCUCCAGCAUCAUUACAGUACUGGGAAUGAUACCUCUCAGUAUUGUCGGCUACAGAUCACGUCAGAAGAAGUCAAGGAUUCCAGUAGACUGAUGGCACUGACCUCAACGGCCGUAGUGGGCUCGUAAGAGGCAGACUGGAACCGAGACAUGAAAAUGGGCUGAAAGGAGAACAGUGCUUUAAACUCACUUCCUAUUUUGCUUAAGCUUUAGACAAUGCAGAAAGACGUUUACAAUUGGCUUUGGCUGUUACAGGAUGAACAGACAGCAGGUUCUGCCCAGUUUUUUUGACACAACAUUUCGAAAUGGGUGAACUUUGUUGGAAUCGAGGUCAUGGCCUCAACAACACACCCAAGGUGAUUUCAACAUAAUGUGUCAUCGAGUGUGUCAGACAUGUUGCUUUGUAAGCAUAUCCUAACGGAGAGUAAGAAUGGCUCACUGAAGCAUUUAAACAAGUUUACUGUUGUGAACCGGCUCAAACUGAAUCGCAUUAAGCCGUGAAUAUAAAACAUUUUCGAUACCAUUGUGACUCUGAUACUUCAUUUAAGACUAGGAUGAUGGAAUAUAAUUUGACAGAAAUUGGAAUUUCUAUUUCCAGUUAUCAACAUUGUUCAAAUUUUGUGUACUUUGGUAUUUUUUGUAAUGUUUUGUUCUAAGAUGUGUAAAGUGAGUCCACUUGUCUUUGUUGAUUUUUUUAUAGUAAUGUUUGGCCAGGUGAUUUUGUAUUUGGUUGGAAAGCACUUUUCAACACUCCUUAGAUAUGUGUUUUUCAACUACUGUUGGAUAUAAUCAUGAUAAAUUAGAUUAUAAUAAUUUAUGCAUUUCAGACAAUAUGCUGGCAAGUGCAAGUUUCUGACCUUCGCUUUAUGGAACUCCUGGUGUAUCUGAAGGGAAUAAAAUGUAGCCUGUAUUAUUAAUUUAGCAUUAUGCACGCAUUGUACACUUUAAAAAGCACACACACAAAAGCGCUGCUGUAAAUGGGUUUAAAUAAAUCUUAUUACACCUAAGGUACUGUUUAAGCUGGUGUAAUGGUUUGAAGGAAAUGUUAAAUAUUUGCAGUGAUGAACUGAACCCUUAUGUUUUGUAAAAGUCUAGUUUUUUAUGAGUUUCUUUUUUUUUUAAAUAAACCAUUCUGAGAUAUG